AUGAAGGAAACUACUGAAAAUGUCUCUCUGGACGAUGCCAGCUGGAAGCAGACCAAGACCCGGGAUAGUAUUUUUCACCCUGAAGAAGAUAACAGUCUUUAUUUCACAUACAGUGGAAAAUCAAAUGUUCUGGAGGUCAAAGAACUCAACUACCAGGUUAACACAGCAUCCCAGAUUCCCUGGUAUGAGAACCUUGCUCAGAUGAAAAUGCCCUGGACCUGGAAAUCAGAUCAUCCCCAUUCCCAUAUGACAGUAAUCCAAAAUCUGAAUCUAAAAGUGAGAAGUGGUCAGAUGCUUGCAAUUAUAGGAACCACUGCUGGUGGAAAGACAUCCUUGCUUGACGUGAUAACCUGCCGGGAUCAUGGAGGCAAAAUCAAGUCUGGUCAAGUCACGAUCAACAACAAACCCACCACUCCCCAGCUUGUUAGGAAAUGCAUAGCACACGUGAGGCAGGAUGACCGACUGCUCCCCCACCUGACUGUCAGAGAAACACUAUUGUUCGUUGCCAAACUGCGCCUUCCAAAGUUUUUUUCAGACUCACAAAGGAAAAAAAGGGUGGAAGACGUGAUCGCAGAGCUCCGCCUGCGGCAAUGCGCCAACACCCGGGUGGGGAACGAGUACCUGCGGGGCGUCUCCGGGGGAGAGAGGCGCAGGGUGAGCAUCGGCGUGCAGCUGCUCUGGAACCCGGGAAUACUCAUACUUGAUGAACCCACAUCUGGACUGGACAGUUUUACUGCACAUAACCUUGUGAUAACAUUAUCCAGACUGGCCAGAGGAAACAGAUUGGUUCUUCUUUCACUUCAUCAACCCCGGUCAGAUAUCUUCCAGCUGUUUGAUUUGGUUCUUCUGAUGACUUCUGGACUCACUGCCUACUGUGGAACAGCUAAAGACAUGGUCCAGUAUUUCACAGAACUAGGCUAUCCCUGCCCAAGGUACAGCAAUCCUGCAGAUUUUUACGUUGACUUGACCAGUAUUGAUAAACAGACUGCAGAAAAGGAGAUGGAAAGCCAAAAAAGAGCAAAUACUCUUGCCAACUUGUUCUUAGAAAAGGUCAAACAUUUUGAUGAUUUCUUAUGGAAAGCUACUGAAGGAGACAACACUGAUACCACAGUCAUCAAGCAGAGGAAUUCAGAAGAGGUUAUUAAUAUGCCUCACCAUUUAAAUGAUCAAUUACCAGGAGCCUUGAAGCAGUUCACAAUAUUAUUAAGUCGUCAGGUCUCCAAUGACUUCAGAGAUCUUUCAAGAUUACUAAUCCAUGGAUGUGAAGCCCUUCUUAUGUCAUUACUAAUUGGAUUUUUGUACUAUGGCCAUGAAAAAAACGGACUCUCUAUUCGUGACACAACAGCACUGCUGUACAUGAUAGGUGCCCUUAUCCCAUUCACAAUAAUUUUGGAUGUUAUUGCCAAAUGUCAUUCAGAAAGAGCAAUGCUUUAUCAUGACUUGGAAGGUGGAAUGUACUCUGUUAGCCCAUACUUCUUUGCUAAGAUUCUGGGGGAGCUCCCAGAACACUGCAUUUUUGUUGUAAUUUAUGGGAUUCCCAUCUACUGGCUGGCAAACCUUGUUCCUGAUCCAGAACAUUUCCUGCUGAACUUCCUGUUGCUGUGGUUGGCUGUUUACAGUGCCCGUGCCAUGGCACUUUGGGUGGCAGCUCUGCUGCCGACCUUACAGCUCUCUGCCUUUGUUGGCAAUGUCCUCUUCACAUCAUUCUACCUCAGUGGUGGUUUUGUGAUAAGCCUGAACAACCUCUGGACAGGUCACUCAGGCUCUGGACCUGGACUCCCACCCUCUCUAUGUAAGCUACCUUGUCCUCACUGGCAUCAUCUGCAGCUUCCUGCUUUUAUACUAUUUAUCUCUGCGCUUCAUCAAGCAGAAAUCGACCCAAGACUGGUAAGAGCAGCGGAGCAGCAGGUGACAGCCUCCCUCGCAGAAGGCAGGGGCAGCAGGCUCCCGCCGCGGGAGGCCGCCCGGGAGGCGGGAGCGGCGGGAGCGGCAGCGCGGCUGCCACAGGAUGGCAGCAGAAGCCCAGGAGUCGACGCGGGCGGAAGCCUGCCACGGACCGCGGCUGCAGCCUGGGAUCGGGGGCGGGGUGGGCUUUGGGCUUUGGCUUCACUUUGGGUUUUGCUUCACGUACUGUCUGAGCGAGUGACAAGGCGCUUGCGAGUCCUGCACACCUGGAAAUUGUCUGAGCUGUGGGCCACUGAUAUAAAAAGACGCAUGGCACUCUGUAAUAAUAGCUGA